AUGGACGAAUUUGAAUGGGUAAAAUCUUUUGCGACAUCAAGCUAUGGCACAGUCAAUGAUGCUUCCCUUCCCGCAGCAAAGGACUCUGUGUCAUCUCCAGCGCCCACCUCACGGGGCUCGUUUGCAUCAUUCGUUUGUCACGUCGCGCGGCUUGAGAGCAAAUUACGCUCGUUUUCUUCGCUAGUCUUGGAUGAUUCUUCUGAUGUCAAGGCUACUGGGAAAAUUCUGGGCCAAGGGAAGACAUUCAUGGUGAGGCAUGCUAAAUGGGUGCGAAACCCGAAAGAGCCGCCUCUCGAAGUUGCCCUGAAAGAGAUUAUUCCCGACGUCAAGUCUUCAGAUGGAACCUCGAGACCACACACUGACUGGAAAGAUAUCUUGUUCGAACUCCGAGCGCUACUUCACGAGCCCAUUCGGUAUCACCCAAACUUGGUUCGGCUACUUGGCAUCCAAUGGGGUCUCUCGCCAAUUGCAGACUCCACAUAUCCUGUAUUGAUUAUGGAAUAUGCGUCACUCGGCACCUUCAAGACUCUUCAAACAUCCUCUGAACCAUUGUCUUUUCCUGUAAAGCAAAAGCUCUGCUACGAUGUUGGGCGAGCAUUAUCUGCGCUACAUGCAAGCGGUAUCGUUCAUGGAGACAUGAAACAUGAAAAUGUACUGAUAUUCCCGAGCAAGAAGCCUAUUGACGGCAUUGCAUACACUGCCAAAUUGGCCGACUUUGGUGGUACAGUCAUGGAUCUGGUGGGGGGCGAGGUCAGAAAAAAGGAAACCUGGACUUGGCCUUUUCAAGCUCCUGAAGUCACAAAUGAUCAGGCUUUGACCAGAAAUGGACUGAUGCUCACAGAUGUUUACUCCUUCGGCCUUCUAGUCUGGAGGGCAUUCUUGGAUGGUGAGGGCUUUGUGUCGCUCCCAGGCGCUGCGCAAACUGCUUCAGACCAGGACAGACGUGCCUUGAAUGCUCACAAAGCAUCUGAAGAAUUAACAAAUAUCGCGGUUAUCGACAUCUACGACUAUGCCAAAAGCCGGGGACUUUCGCAAGCUUGUUUGGACAUGAUGGUUUACACCGUACUUCAUACCGUGCAGCUCAAACCUGAAAAUCGUGAAUUGGUAAAGGCACAGGCAGCAUUGAGGGGCAUCGUCCCAGGUCAUAUUCCCAACUUCAUGGAAUUCGUCCACAAGAAAAAUGAAGAGCGCCAGGCCACAGAGGCUCGAGCAGCACCGGGGCGCCAUGGUAUCUCUAGAGAUAGCCUUCAGUUUAUGCUGGGACGUUAUGGAAAUGAUGCAGAUCUGCAGGAUAAUUUACCAGGCUUUCGACCUCGACUGGACGAACCAAACCCUGAAGAGUUCAUGUUCGAACCUGCGAGCUUAAAGAACAUUCUGACUUGGGAGCAGCAGCGGCAAAUGCUGGAUGAAAUGAAGGCUGUUGCUGGCACUACUACCCAGAUCUCUGGUGGCCUCCUGGAAAUGCCGAAGACAGUAGCAGCCUUUUAUGUUUUUCAAUGCUAUCUCCUGGAAUUCGGCACAAACUUCAACCCAGAUGAGGCAGUUGCAUGGCUUCUGAAAGCGUCCUCGGAUGAUGACAGCCAUGAAGAUCAGGACUACUUCGCCCAAGCAUGGGUUUGGCGCGUCUCCCGUGCGCUUGGUGUUCCAGCAAACAUUCCACCGGAUCGCUUACGAGGUCUUCUAAAUCUAUCUGUCAUUCGUGGCCACCGAACUGCCCUUCUAGAUAUGCUUGAGCUAAUGAACAUAAGCAGUGGCCCAGAACGUCAACAAUGGUGGAAUGCAUUCCAACAGUUCCGCAACAUUCUUCAGUGUCAGAUGGGGGCUGUUGGGAUGGGCUACUAUUUUUCCAAGUAUCUGACCAGACCAUGGAACACGGUCAACUUGAACAACACGACAGAAGUAGAUGAGGCCAUUCGUACAUGUGUUGGAAGUGACUAUAAUUCCUGUCUCAGAUGCUCUGCUUCUGUGGACCAGAUAUCCUCGUCCCAACAAGGCAGAGACAAGGAACAGACUACCUUUGAUCGAAUCUACAUCAACCAACGUGGCCAUGGUUUGUUACAUAUGGCGGCCGCGACAGGUGCAACUGACACUCUGCGACACUUGGUCACAAAAUAUGAUUGCGAUAUCAAUAUUCCUAAUCAACAUGUUGACGAGUCACCUCUCGUUUGCGCCUGUGAAGGCGGCCAGUCAGAUAGCGCAAUCCUCUUACUCGAGCAUGGUGCAGAUCCUAACGGGUACCGCUUUUCACAAGAGGGACCAUUGCAUUGGUUAUGCAGUUUUCUACCCAACGAAAUGGAAAAAAUCGCCUCGAGAUUAGUGAGGGCGGGAGCUGAUAUCGAGCUGCGGUCUGGCGGGAUGCGUCACGACGUUCGUGGAAUCCGAGCCGAUUGGGAGCAUAACUUUGAGAUCCGCACAACACCAUUGGGUCGAGCCGUUUUGAUGAACAACCUCGAUGCUGUUAAGGUUCUCCUGAAACUUGGUGCAAAUCCGCUUGCUAAGAGCGCGAGUAAACAUCCAGGCGAGUAUGAAGGUAUGCAAGACUUUUCCAAAUUGAUCGAUGUAUCUUCGCCAUUCGAGCUUGCUGCUGUCUUAACUCUACCUCAUAUUCUGGCAGAGCUAAUUAAGCACAUCGAUGGUCCGAGCGGAACCCCGAGACUGAAGCUUCUUGAUGAGUGGUCAAUGCUUGAUCUUGCACAUGGAAACAAAGUUACCGAGUUUGAUUCGGUCUCAUUACAGAGUCGCCUGGUUCGUUGUGGAAUGAACUACAAGCGCAACAUGCGAGAUACUCUUGUGCUCCUACACACUCGCGAUCGACCAUUCCGCGGGAUUUCAGGCGAUGAAGUACAAAAACAGCAAAGUCGGGUAUUGUUCACAGAAGUCGCGCUUGGCAACUUAGAUGUCGUCGAAAUCCUUCUAGAGCUCGGCUACAGUUCAAAUGGCACUCAGGAUUUCCGACCGUUGCAAAAGGCUGUGGAAAGAAAUCAUGAAGAGAUGUUUUGGAUUCUAGUGCGAUAUCGGGUUGAUAUGAACGUGACCAUUAUGACACCCACAGGUGGAAUAUCCAUGCUUCAUGUUGCCGCCAUGCGGCCACAACAGUCGCGACCUGGGCGAGUGAUCGCCGAUGCACUCAUACGAGCUGGAGUUCCUGUUGAAAGCACGGAUCCACGGACUCGACCGCCACUCGCAAUGGCAAUCAUGUGUCAGAACUUCGAAGUCGCUGGAGCACUAUUGGAAAACGGCGCCAACAUCGAUGCGAUCUACCCGCUCUCGCCCAAUGCUCUUACCGGAACCGAAGAAACAAAGGCCGUUGGUGUUCUUGUCGAAGUGUUGUCCCAACAUACAAUGCGUACACUCGAAUCACUAAAAUUCAUCUUUGGCCAAAGAGACGGCGGUCCAAGUCAGCGGCCUGCUUUCCACAUCGACCCCGGCAAUAAGCUAUCCAUUCUCCACCUCCUCGCUGGAAGUCCUCAGUUCACACAGAUUGCACAGAUCACGCCUAAGAUCCUCAAUUUGUGUCUAGCAACUUACGCCGACCCAGCACUCAUCAACUAUAGACAUCCCUUCCUAGGUACGGCCUUGUACUACGCGGCGAUGUGUGGACACAAGACGAUGGUGGAACUCCUUCUGGAGCACGGCGCUGACGAGACACAUAAAUCUGGGCCAGAUGUCGAUGGCUCUGUACAGACACUAUUCCGACCAGAAGAGUCGUGGUCCCCACUCUGGGCAGCCAUACUGAAGUUCGAGGACGAGCUGAGAAAGGGUAUUCACUUCCCACCAGAAGGGCCGCCAGGAGCAUGGCUUAGUUCUAAUUCAAUCCAAAAUGCGGAGAAGAUAAUUGGAUUACUGUCCGCAAAUGGUCAAAAAGCAACAGCUCAACGAGCCAUAACACAACUGAAGGCGCGAAAACAGGCGCUUGAACUUAAAACCAAUGCGUGGCAAAAAGACAGAAUGGCUAAAAGACGAGAGUACAGAGCACAGGAAGAUGAGGCGCCUAUCGAUCUAGGCAUUCUUUCAGGCGAUGGCAGUAAAGAUGAUGAGGCAAAGAUCCGCGAGAUUUGCAGAGGGCCGGAGCAGGAGUGGAAAACUGAAAGGAUCGAAUCGUUUCUGGGCAGCCUGAGUCUCGAGGAAUAG